ACUUCACUCUCACGUUGAAACUUGCAUACGGCCUUUGCUUGGAUUUCAGGCGAAUUCAGAUCUUACUUCGGAUUCAUUUUUAUCAAAUCACCGCUUUCACUCAACAUGUCUGAUACCUUGGUCGCCCAAAUCCCUCAAGCAUUCCACCAUGAGUCUGAAGAGCUACCGGACCAGUUUUACCUCGAACCGAAGCUGGCAGCUUUGAGCGACGACCUCAGAAACGAGCUCUACGAACUACUGCUGCUGGCUUUUGAUCAAGAUCAGGCUGUUGAGGGCACCACCAAGCUUUACGAAGCCGUGUCCAACGACCAAGCUGAGAUCGUUGUCUGCGCAGCCGAUGUAGUCCAAGACUUCGCCUUGGAUCAUGUGCCGGCGCUAUGCGAGUCCCACAGCGUCCUCUACGUGUUCGUCCCUAGUAGAUAUGUCUUAGGGCAAAGUUGUGGAUUCGAUUAUCCAAUCUCUGCAGCAACGAUUACAUGUCAUCAGAGCAGUGACCUAGCUGCGGCGAUCACAGAGAUGAAGGAGAAGCUGCAAGAGAACCAAAGUGGAAUGUGAUGACACCGAGGGCUUAGGUGUCUAUGGGGGGGGGGGGGGGGGGGG